UCAAGCAUGGAUCUCAGCAUAUCGAAACAAAACUCGUUUGUUGCCGCCGAAGCCUGCAGGUGGCUGGAUGGCCAUCUGGCUCAUCACGGCUCUCACAGUGCUGAUUGGUCAUACGGAGGUGAAGAUGUGAAGCGCCUGCAGGCAGCAGCCUAUCAGACCGGCAGAUCAACGUUCAGGGUCCAAAGAGCGGUUGCCUGGCACAACCAAUAGGACAACAAGGAUGUCCUCUAUCAAAGAUCCACAAUUCAACACCAUGUCCUUUAACCGCUGGGCAACUUCUGCCAUCCAGUGAUAUUGCUCAGCAAGGGCAAUCGACAUGAGGGACUUGGAGACUUGCCCAGGGACUUGCCCAGGUACCAUGCAAAAGAUGUCCCGGACAAUUCCAGCCGAAUAUGGUUGUUUCAAUGGGACAAUUGCCUUGUUGGUGUCUCGAGGGUCAUGGGAGGACUGGGUACCCUGUCUGCACAAUACAUACAGUACCGCUUCACAUAACACCGCAGCUUUUCCAAAUCUCUCUUGUGAUCCCCUCUCUAUUUUCAUCCCGCCCGUGAUUCUGAAUUAUCCAAGACUACAGAGCACUCAGAGUUCAUACCUAUAUUGGCCCGCGCAGUUUGACCUCACAUCACAAUCACUUGGGCGUCUAAAUCCAAACCGAGUCACUUAGCGGGCGCCUGGCAUCUGCCUAUCACAAGUCUUGCUGCUAUCCGCUCUUCUCUCUGAAGAUAGGAGGCGGCCUGCCGCACUCAACCUCGCUUCAGCACGACCUGGUACCUCGGACUCCUCAUCCUCAGACGGCUCUCUGAAACCCCGAACUCCUCGAUUUGCUGAGGCUACUUCGGUUCACUCUCCCGUCGAGGCUCGGUCCCCCUUUGCCGACCCCGAGAAGUCGCACGUUGCUCAACCUCAACCCGCAGACGUUGGUUUUGGCUACAUCGGCCAGCGAGAAUCCAUUCCCGUCCCAAUGACUCCCAAGACGCCACUCAAGAGUGCCAUGAAGGUGCCAGGGACGCCUGCUCAUCUCAAGAAUCCCUUGAGCCCAACAUUUCGGGAGGAAGAUAUCCUGGAGAAGCGCGAGGCGUCAACUGACAAGGAGCAAGCGCGCGAUGUGAAAAUCAAGGCCCGAGUCCGCUUGGCCAAGUUCGCUCUCCGUGGUGUUAACUUUAGCUGCUCUCUUAUUAUCCUUGCCAUGCUUUCUGCUUCAUUUACAAUCUUUAACGCUACCAAAGCUUUGCCUGAUCAAAGCAAGAUGCCUUCAUGGGCCAAGAACACCAGCGCCUGGCCCCAGAAACUUGUUCUUGCCAUGGCAUGCGUGUCUCUUGUCGCUUGCAUUGUUGUUUUUAUCUCCUAUUGUCGAGGUGGUCAUCGACGUGCCGAGAAAGUCGGGACCUACUAUACCAUGUUCGCCAUAGGCUGGUUCAUUCUUGCCUUGAUUCUAUGGGUUGUCACAGCUGUCAUUUUCCAGAACUCAAAGAACAACAGUGGAAACCAGGAUAUGUGGGGUUGGUCUUGUGUUAACAACCAUCGAUCUGAAGUCUUCGGUGAGAAAGUCGACUAUGCUCUUGUUUGCCGUCUUCAGAACUGGGCCAUGAUCUGCAUCAUCAUCGAGGUGGUCAUCGAGGUUCUCUGCAUUCUCCUCUACAGCGUUGUCUUCUAUCGUUACUACACAAAGCGACGCCUUUUCAAGUCUAUGGACAUGCGAGACCGCGCUCGAUCCGACCUCUACCUCGCCCAGCUCCGCAGCCAGUCUGCUCCAAACACUCCCGGCUUCGGCCCCAAGUCCCCCGCUCUCAGCGCCUAUGCCAUGUCUCCCCGUCACCCUCCCGCUGCUUAUCGAAACCUGUCCGACAUCAGCGAGAACCCCACUACCUUCACGCCUGGUACCCAAUUUGCGGAGCCCAAGUCUCAAUUUGCUGCCCAGGAGACUGGUUUCAAGCUUCAGGCUCCUCCUAUGAAGGCCCCUUCUGCUACUCCCAAGCUACAUCAAUCUGCCUUCACACCCACUGAGGCUUCACCUCCUGCCAUCCCCACUGUCCAAGUCUCGCAACACGGGCCUGUGAGCACUGAUGAACCCACUUAUGAGGCUGUCCCUAUCCCUGGUGCCUAUGCUGGCCAGGCUGUCAGGAGUCCACCUCCUACGCAGACUCAUUUUGGUCAGGGCUACUAGAUAGUGUUGACUUUUCCCCGAAAAGACAAAAAUGCAGGUUUGAUUAAUUUGUUUGUUCUGGCUCAGCGAGCCUCAGCCGUGUUCUUUAGGUCAUGGCUUGUUUGAGUUUAUAUAUCAUGGGGCGGCGAUACCACACGGCGUUAUGAUGGGCAGAUCCAAGAUUUGACUCGGGUGCACUUAUCUUUGACUUUUCCUUUGUUUCGCUCUCCUCAAAGAUAGCAGGAGUCGUAUAUAGCUUACUGUAAUUUGGGCAGGGAUGUACAUUCGAGCAUCAGAGGGUGAUGAACACGAUGGGAUAACGAGCUAUACACAAUACUUUCGUUUACGAGGGCUUUGCAGGCUAUCGGGUUAGAUACUUUAUUUAAUCAUCAAAUUAGUAUCUAGUUUGUCGACGAUACAGUGACCUUCAGAAGAUAGCUUUCUUCAGAUUGUUAAAACGCCGUAGGUCUAGACUUCUAUCACUUCAGGAUUGGGUGAAGAAAUAGGAAUUGUGGAU